CGUCCGCAACGUGCACGACCGGUGACCGGCGCCAUUAGAAGUUGUUUUGCUUUUGGUGGCGGUUUCCGUAAGCGCGGAAAAACACUUGUAAUUUGUUAAAAUCAUAAAAAUCAUGGCAUCCGAAGUUCCUCCUUCUACAAGAGUGAUCAGCAAAGAUGUGAUCGGGUCAAGGAAGUGGUUGGAGUUAUCAGAGAUCACAUACAAAGAUGAAGAAAACAAGGAGAGAUCGUGGGAAAUGGUGGCGAGGAAGACGAGAAAACGCACGAUGCCAGGCGACGGCGUCGCUGUCAUCGCUACGCUGCGUAAGACACUGCAUCUUGAUAUCCUCGUCCUCGUGCGUCAGUACCGGCCGCCACUCGAUCGAUUCACCGUGGAGUUCCCAUCAGGGCUGGUUGACGACGGGGAGACGCUGGAGGAAGCUGCGGUGAGGGAGCUCAGGGAGGAGACUGGCUACGUCGGCACGGUGAAGCAUCAAGGUCCAGUCACCUGUCUCGACGCGGGCGUGUCCAACUGCACCGAGGCUCUCAUCUCGAUCGAGAUUGACGGGGACAAACCAGAGAAUCACCAUCCGCAGCAGAUGACGGAUGAUGGAGAAUUCGUGGAGCUACUGCAUGUACAGGUGUCAGAGCUGCUCACACGACUGAACGAGUUCAGCGGACAAGGCGAUGUCAUCGACGCAAAACUGUAUGCCUACGCCGUGGGAAUAUCGCAAAGGACGCACGUUGCCCACGCGCGCGUGUAGCGGCGCCCUCUGUGGUGAUUCUCGCGUGCCGUGGGAGCUGCGCCGGUCCACAGGCGGAGCCACUUGUCAGCGUGCGUCUCUUGUGGCGACGGCUGAAGACGUUGGACGUAAAGUUGACAGUAUUGAGAUGUUGCGAGAAUAUCUCGUGACGUGGCGUGGCGAGCGAAGAGGAGAGUGUGCAUUCCGACGACCAGCUGCCGGGCGCCAUGGCAACCGACCUCACAUUUCUUUGUUCGUCUUCGUUGUAACAUUUAUGCCAUUGUACUGGCGGGGAGAGGAAGGCUUGCAUUCAGGGUUUGCCCUGGCCAGGAGAGGAAGGCAGCCUUUAUAGAUGAUUCCAUGUCUCUCUGUUACGAUACGAGGCUACCGGUACCGAGGAAAUUUGGUUCGCAUUAAUUUUGAAUUGAAUGAAUCGGCGAGAUGGAUUUGCAGUUUAUUUAGGAUUUGUGUUGAUUUGUCCCUGUGAAUACGUAUCAUCAUAAUAUCUCAGAUCUAUUUUAAAUGCAUUUAUGACCCCUCUGCGAUGGAUAGCAUUAUUAUGUACAUACCUUCACUAACAUGAGUACAUGUAGGUUUCUUAUUACACAAGAGUAGGUUCCUUAUUAUCGUAACCCUUACAGUAUUGUCCAUGAGUGUGAUUAUGUUUUUACAUUGACUCGGGGGGGGGGGGCAUGUGCAUGUUUAUACUUGCGAAGAAAGUGAGAAAUAGCAGUCGUAGAGAAAAUCACGAGGAUUCAUAGUCAUAUACCACUGAUAAUGCACAUUCUUAUAAUGUUAUUUUUGUUCAGGUGUUAUAGCAACAAAUAUAAUUCCUUUUUUUUUGUACAGAUAAUGUUGCAAAUAAACGGAGGAUAAUUCUGUCUCGUCUAUCUGCUGAAUAAACGAAGUCUUAUUCUAUAGUGUAA